UUGACAUCAAUAAAAGUUUUUGACAAAUGACAUAGUUUUUCGGGAAAAAAGUCAGCCUGUUUUACUUUUGAUAAACAGUUCUUUUUUCGAAAACACAAAAAUAAUGGUGGGCGCAAUGCCUGUUAAUUUAUUGCCAAAAUUUUGUAACGGUGCCAUGGACAGUCGGAAUGGUACUGAAGAUAGUGAGAUACAGGUCCACAUCGGUAGCAGAGUUAAAUGCAAUGAUGAUUUCGCUACAGUGAAAUAUAUUGGGGAAGUGCAGGGAUAUAAGGGGAUAUGGUAUGGCGUGGAAUGGGAUGACACGGGGAGGGGAAAACAUGACGGCAGUUUGGACGGUGUGCAGUACUUCAAAGCUUCGAAGCCAGGUGCUGGCUCGUUCGUACGACCGAACAAGAUCAGCCCGUAUAAGACCUGCGCGGACGCCAUAAGAAAAUAUUACGGCGAUCGAGAGGAUGAAACAGUAGCGGCGCAUCGCAGGACCGUGAUCAACGAAUGGAAGAGAGAAAUGGGAGCACCUUUUAUAGAAAUGGUUGGUUUUGAGAAGAUACAUCAGAAACAAAAAUUCGACCGCCUCCUCGAAGUGUGCGUGCACGAUCAGAACGUUGCCAAGGCGGGCGACGUGGCCUCGCUGUGCCCCAACGUGCGCAGCCUGGACGUCUCGUGCAACCUGUUCUCCAACUGGCGCGAGGUGAUACAGCUGUCGGCGCAGCUGCCGGACCUCAGGGAGUUAGAUGUCAGCAAAAACCGCAUGGCAAUCGACAUCCCGGAAGAAACCCUAUCCCAACUCUCGAUAAACUUUGCUAAACUGGAAAAGAUCAAUGUCUCCGUAUGCGAUUAUGAAUGGCCGGACCUACUCUCCCUCUCCCACUUGUGGCCUAAAGUGGGGGAGAUUAUAGCAGCCUACAACAGGAUCCAGAAGAUACCUUUUCCAGGAGUCACUUUACGGUCACUAACAAUAUUGAGAUUGGACGGAAACCCCAUAGACUCUUGGAGAGAAGUAAUGAACCUUGGACAGUUGAGGAAUCUGCAGACUUUGAGCCUGAACGAGUGCCUGAUUGAGGAGAUACGGUUUAACGACAAGCCUGGUGGGCAGAAGGUGGACGUUUUUGAAAAUUUGGAAGUUUUGUUUUUGAGCAGGAACAGGAUAAAUGAUUGGAGAUCUAUAAGCGAACUGAACAAACUGAAGUCCCUGCGCAAACUCUACUUCCUGAAGAACCCGAUCCAGAACACCGAAGACUACGACACCGGCUCGCAACUCAUCAUCGCUAAAAUCGGCACGCUGCAGGAAUUGAACGGCUCAACAAUAACACGGGAACUGCGUCGCGGCGCGGAAUAUGAUUACAUGAAACGGUACGGCGCCGAAUGGAAAUUGGCUCAAGACGACGUUAGCAAGAAAAGGACCUUCGACGUGGAACACUCGCGGUUCACUGAACUUGUUGAACGAUACGGCAUACCUGACGACAGUCUCCUCGUAAAACAACCCACAAACAAAACCCUCACGUCACACCUCCUUGAAAUCACCCUGAGGGAUGAAAACGGGAAGUCGUUCAAGAAAAAGUUUCCGUCCACAAUGGCCGUACAAAAGCUGGUCACAUUGGCUCAAAGGUUGUUCGCGAAGGGCUGCAACAUCACACCGACGCUCUUUAUCCUGGAUGACAAGAUGGACGGCGCUGAAAUCUGCCUCGACAAUGUCAUGAAAGAUCUAGCCUAUUUUUCAGUUAAAAAUGGCGACACAAUCGUUGUACGAUUCAGAUAAUUUCGAAGUGCAAUAUUUUUUUUCUAUAAAUGUCAAUUUACAAGGAUUGUAAUCGUAAUAUUAUUUGAAAAUGAUGGUCACACUUUAUGUCCAGGGGUAGUUGAAAAUUAUGCAAAAUGGCGAAAUUUGCACAAAAAUCUACUAAAAAAAACAUGUCACCUGAUUCAAGGCUUUUAAAAUUGAAAAAAUGCAGUAUUAUUUUACAUUUUUCAAUCGAUGUAGUAAAGCUUGAUUUAUUUAUUUACAAAGCUUAUCUACAUUAAUUUGGUUAAUUGCUUGAAAUCUCAAAGAAUCAUGACAUUUAUAAAUAGCUACCCCCCCCCCCCCCCCAAAAAAAAAAA